AUGUUUACUACAAAGAUGUCCACUCUGCUAGCUGCUAGCUUAGAGCUGGUCAGAAAACUGACCAAAUUCUAAAUAUUUAGUUACUGAUAACGCUUCUGUGUGCUUCCUUUAGACUUCUGAAAAUGCAACUGAAGCAUCUUAAGACACUUUUAACCCCUCAGGAGGGUUCUGCUAAAGUGACAUGCAUGGCCUGGGCUCCAAACAACACCAAGUUUGCUGUUUGCACGGUUGACAGAGUGGUGCUGCUCUAUGAUGAACAGGGAGAGAGGAGGGACAAGUUCUCCACCAAACCCCUGGACCCAAAGUAUGGAAAACAGAGCUAUGUCGUCAAUGACCUGGUCUUCUCACCGGACUCCACCAAAAUCGCCAUCGGCCAGUCUGACAACAUAAUCUUUGUCUACAAAAUCGGAGAGGAUUGGGGGGACAAGAAAGCCAUUUGCAACAAAUUUGUUCAGACGAGUGCUGUGACCCGCCUACUUUGGCCUUCAGAGAAUGCUAUUGUUUUCGGAUUAGUUGAUGGCAAGGUUCGCAUUGCCAACACCCAGACAAAUAAAUCUUCCACCAUUUACGCCACAGAGUCCUUUGUCGUCUCACUGGCAUCCAAUGUUUCUGGUAAAGGCAUCCUGUCUGGCCAUGCUGAUGGGACUGUUGUACGUUACUUCUUUGACAGUGAAGGCUCAGGGGAGUCUCAGGGUAAGCUGCUGACACACCCGUGCCCCCCUUACGCUCUGGCCUGGGGUGCGAACAGCAUCAUGGUUGGCGGCUGUGAUAAGAAGGUGGUAGCGUACGGCAGAGAGGGUCACAUCUUGCAGAACUUCGACUACAGCCGUGACCGAACAGAGAAGGAGUUCACUGUAGCCGUCACCAGCCCCAGCGGGCAGUCGGUGGUGUUUGGCAGCUUUGACCGGUUGCGGGUGUUUAACUGGGCUCCUAGGAGAGGUGUGUGGGAUGAGGCCAAACCUAAAGAGAUUGCUAACCUUUAUACCAUCACCAGCUUGGCUUGGAAGAAAGACGGAUCACGCCUUUGUGCCGGGACACUGUGUGGAGGAGUGGAGCUGUUUGAUUGCUGCCUGAGGAGAGCCAUCUAUAAGAACAAGUUUGAGAUGACCUACGUUGGCCUGAGUCAGGUGAUAGUGAGGAACCUCUCCACAGGAACUCGGGUGGUGUUGAAGUCCCACUACGGUUAUGAGAUAGACGAGGUCAAGAUCAUGGGAAAAGAUCGCUACCUGGUGGCUCACACCUCAGACACUCUUCUGUUGGGCGACAUGUUGACAAAUAGAUUGAGCGAGGUACCUUGGCCUGGUUCUGGAGGAAAUGAGAAGUUUUUCUUUGAGAAUGAAUCAGUGUGCAUGAUAUUUAAUGCGGGGGAGCUGAGCCUGGUGGAGUACGGGAGCAGCAGCAUCCUGGGGUCUGUCAGGACAGAGUUUAUGAAUCCCCACCUGAUCAGCGUGCGGCUGAAUGAGAGAAAGGAGAGAGGAGUUGAAGACAACAAGAAACUUGCUUAUCUGGUCGACAUAAAGACGAUAGCUAUAGUGGACUUGGCUGAAGGCAACAAUGUGGGAACCAUCAGCCACACAUCUAAGAUUGACUGGCUGGAGCUCAAUGAAACCGGACGCAAACUGCUGUUCAGGGACAAGAAGCUGCGGCUCCAUCUGUAUGACAUUAAGUCCGGGGUGAAGACCACACUGCUGAGUUUCUGCUCUUACGUUCAGUGGGUGCCCUGCAGCGAUGUGGUGGUCGCCCAGAACAGGGGAAACCUCUGCAUCUGGUACAGUAUUGACAGCCCAGAGAGCAUCACCAUGUUCCCAAUCAAGGGGGAUAUUCUGGAUCUGGAACGAGCAGAUGGGAAAACAGAUGUGAUUGUGACAGAGGGCGUGAACACCGUGAUGUACACACUGGACGAAGGCAUCAUUGAGUUUGGCACUGCUAUAGAUGACGGAGACUAUGAUAGAGCUACAGCAUUUCUUGAGACUUUGGAGAUGUCACCAGAGACAGAGGCCAUGUGGAAGACACUCAGCAGGCUGGCCCUCGUGGCUCGCCAGCUGCACAUUGCCGAAAGGUGUUCUGCUGCUCUAGGCGACGUCUCAACGGUCCGAUUCCUCCACCAAACAAACCAGGUUGCUGACAAAGUUUUGCAUGAAAUGGGAGAAGAUGGGACAUCAUAUUACCAAGUACAAGCCCGUGUAGCCAUGCUGGAUAAGAACUAUAAACUUGCUGAGAUGCAUUACAUGGAACAGAAUGCCAUCGACGAGGCCAUAGAGAUGUACCAAGAGCUCCACAUGUGGGACAACUGCAUUGCUGUAGCGGAAGCCAAGAACCACCCGGAGCUGAAUAGUCUGCGUGGGAACUAUUUUCAAUGGCUAACAGAAACAGGCCAAGACGAAAAGGCUGGCGAGGUGAAGGAGAAUGAGGGAGACUUCCAGGGUGCCAUCAACCUCUACCUGAAGGCUGGACUCCCAGCCAAAGCUGCUCGCCUGGCCAUCAGUCGCCCGGAGAUCACCGGCAGCAGCGAGACUGUCAGUCGCAUUGCUGCCAGCCUCAUCAAGGGAGAGUUCUAUGAGCGAGCAGGAAAUCUAUAUGAGAAGAUCAGGAACAACCAGAGAGCUUUGGAGUGCUACUGCAAAGGAGGGGCCUUCAGGAAAGCGGUGGAGCUGGCUCGCAUCACCUUCCCUGCCGAGGUGGUGAAACUGGAGGAGGCCUGGGGAGACUACCUCGUCCAGCAGAAACAGAUGGACGCUGCCAUCAACCACUUCAUUGAAGCAGGCUGCUCCCUUAAAGCUAUCGAGGCGGCCAUCGCAGCACGACAGUGGAAGAAAGCCGUCCACAUCCUGGAGAUGCAGGAAGACUCGGCUGCAGGGAAAUACUACAUGAAGAUAGCUCAGUACUACAUGUCCGUGCAGGACUAUGAGGUGGCAGAGCAGCUGUUUGUUAAAGGAGGACACAUUAAAGAUGCUAUAGACAUGUACACUGCAGCAGAUCGUUGGGAGGAGGCUCACAAGCUAGCAGUGGAGUGCAUGACGGAGGAAGAGGUUACAGCCCUGUAUGUCAGCAGAGCUCAGGAGCUGGAGAGAGAUGGGAAGUUAAGGGAGGCUGAGAGGCUGUUUGCUACAGUGAAGGAACCUGACCUCGCCAUCACCAUGUACAAGAAGAACCGAAUGUUUGAUGAUGUUAUUCGUUUAGUGGCCAAACAUCACCCUGACCUGCUGACUGAGACUCAUCUCCACCUGGCCAAGGAACUGGAGGCAGAGUCCAGGUUCUCAGAGGCAGAGUACCACUUCAUGGAGGCUGAAGAGUGGAAGGCUGCAGUCCAAAUGUACAGAGUCAAUGAUAUGUGGGAGGACGCACACAGGGUGGCAAAAAGUCACGGAGGUCCCAGUGCCCAGAAGCAGGUGGCCUGCCUGUGGGCCAGAAGUCUGGGAGGAGAGGCUGCUGUCAAGCUGCUCAACAAAUUCGGUCUGCUGGAGUACGCCAUUGAAUCUGCUGCAAACAACUUCUCAUUUGAUUUUGCCUUUGAUUUGGCUCGCCUUGCAUGUAAGGAAAAGAUUCCUGAGAUCCACCUCAAGCAUGCCCUAUACCUGGAAGAUGAGGGAAAGUUUCCUGAAGCGGAAGUUGAGUUCAUCAAAGCAGGAAAACCCAAAGAAGCUGUUUCCAUGUAUGUCCACAACAAAGACUGGGCCAAUGCGCUGCGGGUGGCUGAGGGCCACGAUCCAGAGAGCGUUUCUGAGGUUCUGGUUGACCAAGCCAAGUUCUGCUUUGAACAGAAAGAUUUCCAGAAGUCUGAAGCUUUCCUACUUCGAGCCCAGAGGCCAGAAUUGGCUGUUAAAUUCUACAAGGAUGCAGACAUGUGGAGUGAUGCCAUGCGUAUCUGUAAGGAGUAUCUCCCCAACAAGCUUGCCAUGCUGCAGGAGGAGUACGAGAACGAGACCUCCAAAAAGGGAGUCCGAGGUGUGGAGGGCCUGUUGGAGCAGGCCAGGGAGUGGGAGCAAUCCGGCGAGUACUCCCGAGCUGUGGACUGUUACCUGAAGGUGAAGGACGACUCCAACACAGCCCUGAUGGAGAAGUGCUGGAUGAAGGCAGCAGAGCUGUCCAUCAAGUUCCUGAGCGGAGACCGAGCAGUCAAAGUGAUUCAGGUGGUUGGACCACGACUCACAAAGCUGAGGAAGUUCAAUGCUGCUGCUGAGCUCUACUUAAACAUGGACUUCAUCAAAGAGGCGAUCGAUGUCUUCAUUGAGGGUGAAGAGUGGAACAAAGCCAAGAGAGUCGCCAAGGAGCUGGAGCCGAGGUAUGAAGAUUACGUGGACCAGAAAUACAAAGAGCACCUUAAGAACCAAGGAAGAGUGGAUUCUCUGGUGGGUGUGGAUGUCAUGGCAGCUCUGGACCUGUAUGCAGAGAAAGGCCAGUGGGAGAAAUGCCUGGAAACAGCAUCCAAACAGAACUUCAAGAUCCUCCAAAAGUACAUCGCUCUGUAUGCCACUCAUCUGAUUAAGGAGGGUGGUGCUCUGAAAGCUCUCCAGAUUUACAUACAGCAUGGAGUGCCACCUAACCCACAGAACUUUAACAUCUACAAGCGUCUGUUUCUGGACCUGAUUAACCUCCCUGACACUGACAGAGCUGAGUCUUACCGCAUGUGGGCUGACCUGCGCAACUUUCUGCUGUUGCUGUGUGAGAACAUGUCCAAGUCAGCCGAGGCCAACUCUCCAGCUCAUGAAGAUUUUGAGCAGAUGCUGCUGAUCGCACACUACUUUGCCACGCGAUCUGCGGCUAAUGGAGUGGAGCAGCUGAUCAGCAUUGCAGCCAAGCUGUCGGUAUCUCUGCUGCGUCACACUGAGCUCGUUCCUGCAGACAAGGCCUUCUACGAAGCUGGUCUGGCCUGCAAGGCUGUUGGCUGGGAGAACAUGGCCUUCAUCUUUCUCAACCACUUUCUGGACUUCUGUGAUGCCAUUGACGAGGGGACCCUGAAUGCUCUGGACCACUCGGACUUCAUUGACACUGAUAUUCCCUUCGAGGUUCCAGUUCCCACCAAACUCUGUGUCACUGACACCCAGCGGGAGCAGAUCCGUGACUGGGUGCUGAUGGUUUCCAUGGACCAACGUGUGGAGCAGGUUCUGCCGGUUGACGAAAGGAACACAUAUGAAGCCUCACUGGUGGCUGCCAACACUGGCCUUCGCUCGCUGCCUUGUGUUCUUACUGGCUACCCAGUUCUAAGGAAUAAAAUUGAGUUUUCAUCAGCCGGGAAAGCAGCCAACAAAGAGGACUGGAACAAAUUCCUCAUGGCCACAAAGACCACUCACAGUCCAGAGUGUCAGGAUGUCCUCAAGUUCAUCAGUCAGUGGUGUGGUGGCCUUCCGGCGAUGGGAUUCUCCUUCCACUAACAGGAAUAUUUUCAGAUCUGCUGCUUUCUGUUUUGUCAUUCAGAGUUCCCAGAUUUCUCCCAAUCCUCCUCUGUCACAUCCUUUUUUUUUUCCUCUCUGUUGCGUAUUUGAACAGUCAUCAACUCUUUUUACACAACUUAUUUAUUCAGCAUUUCUUUCUUAAUUUCUGUAUGUUUGGUCUCCUUUCAUGAGAGAUAAAUCUUCUUUCAGUCUAAUACACACUGCCACAUGAAGAAUUUCACUUUUAAUUCAUUUUAUUUUUUCCCCAAAAGAAAAUAACCUAAUUUUGAUCUCUGAGCCUGUCUGACUAGGUGCAAAAAGGGCAACAAAACUUCCAAAAUAAAAAUGAAUAUGACUCCAAACAAGUGAAAUAGCUUGACAUUUUGAGAAAUGCGUUUAAUUGUGAAGAUGCUUUUCUUUAAAUAUUAUACUACAGCCUGUUAGCUUUUCUUAGCCUAGCUAUAACAGUGAGGAAAAAAAAUAAAAUUUAACAGUGGAAAACAGCUAGCUGGGCUUUUUACAAAUAUUUAAUAAAUUUUUAAAUACUUUCUGUAAUUGAAUGCACACUUUGAACCAUGAAAUGUAAAAGUCAAUAGCCAGGAAAUGCAGUACUUUAAGAAGAGGUGGCUGUCUCCUUGUAGCCAGUUUUAACUCUGACCUAUGCUAAGCUAAGCUAACAGACAGCUGGCUUUGUUAGCAGUCUGUUAGCUUAGCUUACAAGCUGCUGGCUCUGGCUAUGGAUUUAUUGUCUAAACAAGGGUGAAAAAGAGUUUAUACCAAGAUGUUAAAGUUUGAACAUUCACAGCAAAAGCACAGUUUGAAAUAUUAUAAAUGAUUAAUAGAAUUUAUAUUAAAAGUGGAUUUAUCAGCAGGCAGUCCCACUGUAGUUUUCAAAUGUAAUAAGUAAGUUUUUUAGGUUCAGUAUUAGCAUUAUAAAUUAACUCAUUAAUAGAAAGAAUUAAUAUAAAUUAACAAAUAUUAAAAAUGGGAUACCUUAAGUGGUUUUUUUCAGAGGUCUAUAAUCUCAUGAUUCACAGGUUUUUUCAUAUUUGUUAUCUGUCUCAUUUCCCCUGCAGCUCUCAACUCCAAAAUCCUUUUAGACUCCUAUGAAGAUCUGUAAAAAUUCCUCACAUACACAAAAAUAUCUUUGUAAUCUGCCAACAUUGUUUUGACAAUGAAAUUUCAAACAUCAGGAAAUUGUUGGGCAUCAUUUUCAGCCGUGGAUUGAUCCACGUUUGUUGCUCUAAUGAGGCGCUCAGUUAAAAAUAACACAGGGAAGCUUUUUAUCAUAGAAGAGCAUGUAAAGGUAACUUUUUGGUGUUUUAGUUUUCAUGAGAUUCUAUUACUACUGCUAAGUUUAUCUCAAGCUACUGUCAUACAUGUCCUAGUUUCUAUACUCUGUAUCUACUGUCUCUCUGGAUGGAGUCUCUGAAUUAAAGCCAAAGGUUUCUGUCUCAGUUCAACUUAAGAAGUCCAGCAGACACUCGACAAAAUGACUGUCUGGCUCUGCUGCAGCUCAAAGCACUUUUUAAUAUGUGCAGACUGAAAAAGCUCUUUUUUUCCUUGAAUGUGUUUUUGAAACCGGUCCUGUCUGGUAUUGCCUUUACUGUGUGUUUAUUAAGGGAUGUAUUUUGUUGAAUAAAGUUUAAAUAAAAAUGGUUUUUGAACACU